AAAGGAGUGCAUAUGGAAAAUACUGGAAUAUCGGACUCAGGUUGUUUUAAAGGCCACAUAAUUAUAUUAAAAAUAUCAUAAUAUGUUAACGUAACGUUUUUAGCAAUAUUUUCUGUAUAUAUAAUUUCAACGUAUAUUUAUGGCAGUAAUUUACUUAUUACCGUUUCACCUGGAACGUUCCGUUUCCACAAAAAGGGGGACACUUUUGAUCAAUGCUCUCCAAGUUGAUGUAAUUUCUGUUUCCUAGCUCGGCAAGGGUCACACAUGAGAGCAUAAUUCAUACGUUUUUCCACUUAGCUAAAACACAUAGCUACUCAUUGGUGUCUAUAUUAGAAUAAGAAAAUGCUCCGAACAUUUUGCCGGACCAGCGGUGUCCUUUUAAAGCAUUCCCAGAGGUCAGUGCCCACAGUGCCAGCGUUGUGGGCGACACAAGCCCAGCACCGAUGGGCAUCCAGUUUGCCCAUGAACACGGUGGUUUUGUUUGUGCCACAACAAGAAUCCUGGGUUGUGGAAAGGAUGGGUCGCUUCCAUCGCAUCCUUGAGCCGGGCUUGAAUUUUUUAAUUCCAAUCCUGGACAAAAUUCGUUAUGUGCAAAGUCUUAAAGAGAUUGUUAUUGAUGUUCCAGAGCAGUCUGCAGUCUCUUUAGAUAAUGUCACACUGCAGAUUGAUGGAGUCCUCUAUCUUAGGAUAUUGGAUCCUUUUAAGGCCAGCUAUGGAGUUGAGGACCCAGAGUACGCUGUCACCCAGCUUGCCCAGACCACGAUGCGCUCGGAGCUGGGAAAGCUGACUCUUGACAAAGUAUUCAGGGAAAGAGAGACCCUGAACACCAACAUAGUCCAUUCCAUCAAUCAGGCGUCUGAUGACUGGGGGAUUCGUUGCCUUCGAUACGAGAUCAAGGACAUACACGUUCCCCCUCGUGUCAAAGAGUCCAUGCAGAUGCAGGUGGAGGCAGAGCGGAAAAAGAGAGCCACUGUGCUGGAGUCUGAAGGGCACAAGGAAGCAGCCAUAAACGUUGCUGAGGGUCGCAAGCAAGCUCAGAUCCUGGCGUCAGAAGGAGAGAAAACAGAACAGAUUAACAAAGCAGCUGGUGAGGCCAAUGCUGUGUUAGCCAAAGCAGAGGCCAAGGCUAAGGCAAUCCGUCUGCUGUCAGAAGCUCUAGCUGAACAGAAUGGAAAUGCGGCAGCCUCUCUCAGUGUGGCAGAGCAGUACGUCUCCGCCUUUGCCAAUCUGGCCAAAGAGUCCAACACCAUCCUGCUGCCCUCCAACUCUGGCGACAUCAGUGGCAUGGUCACACAGGCUAUGACUAUUUACGGCAGCCUGGCCAAACAAAGCUCAAAGAAGGUAGAGUCGGUGUCCUCUGUGAAUCCAGAGUGGGCGGUUCAGAAGGAGGAGCCUGCACAACCAACCCAGCAGUGAUGGACGUCAACAGAGCUGUGUUUUAGCAAAGUUAAACACAGAACAGGAGGCAGGGCCAGACAACCAUCAGGCACUGGGGCAUUGUUGCCUGGUCAGCGUCACCACACUCUGGCCAAUAGGACACACUAAACCGCUGAAUAUGGGAGGACGUUGAAAGAAGACUUUGGGUGGGGUUUAUGACCUGGAAACAUCGAUUUAAUUUGGGGUGGAUUCAUGUCAAUUUUUCUUUACGUGUUAUUGUACAUGCACAUGUCCCUGUUACUGAUGCAUGAGCUGAUGUAUUGAUGAUCUCUUUGAGCCAAUGGUCAAAACACUGCAGUGUUGCUGUUGACCUAUGGUAAAUGAGUAACCUUGUUUAGAAUAUUCUAAAUGAUGUCCCUCAUGUGCUUGAUUUGAUAAGAUGGGACCUGUUUAAGUGAUGUUUGGAUGAUUCUCCUGUCUUUUUUUAUAUUUUACUUUGUCCAAAUCCCAAGUCUGCCUUUCGGCCCUACACCAUAUCCACUUGUGGAGAUCUGAUGACAUUGUAAGCGAUACCAUAAUGGCGCCCUCUUGCCCUCCAGGCUUGGGUAAAGUUUUACCAUGUUAUAUAUGCCAGUCUAAUGAUCUCAUAUCUCCAUAAGUGUGUUGUGUCUAGGGAGGUGAGUUGGGAUUGGGCCAAAGUCUUUUACUUCAUCUAAUUGAGUGCUUUUGCCUUGACAUUCAGAGCCUUCUGGGUUGCAAGUAAACAGUGGAGGGAUGAUGAUUGGAUAUGAAGCAAGGCAGGGAUGCUGUCUCCCCGUAAUAGUUUACAUUUUGGGCAAUUCUGUAAAUGAUUUCAGUGAAACAUGUCUUUUGUUUCGUUUUUGGUGUGAGAGGGUGGGCAUUGGUGGGUUUAAAUUGUCUGCAAAAUCAAGUUAAAAGUAACCACUCAGUGAAAAUCUCCCAUUUUAAAGUAUAUGUUAUACACAAAUAAUGGCUUUUGUGGCUUGUCCUAUUCUCAUUGUUGUGGUCAAAACAUACAUUUGAGAACAAACAUCAGCCAUAUACUUGUAUUGCUAACACACCAUUUGUACACCUUUCAGAGGUCAAAGCUCUCCCAUUAUAUUCCUACAUUGAGAAGCUGCUUCUUAACAUAAUUAAAGAUUUUUGGAAGUAACUAUUUUAUUAAUUUGUAAAUUAUACUACAUGGAAAUCUGGAAACAAUGUGCAGUUACCUGAAGUUACCAAAAUAACUCAAAAUGCAUUUUGGAAUAUUGGAAUGUUUUAUUUCCAUUUGAUAGACAUAAUAGUCAAUUAAUUAGUACAUCAAAUCUUGGAUUGGUGAAUUAUUUUAAAUUGUUAGUUUCAAUGUAUUUUUUCCCCGCUGUCUCUGCUAUGUUUCUCCUAUGCUACCAUUGAGGGGUUUUCAUAUUUUAUAGAAAAUGAUUUCCAGAACAGUAUGCACGUUACAUGUUUAUACCUCAGGGAGGUGGUGUUGAGUUAUAUAUGAAUAUGUGGUCUGCUAGUCCCAACAAUGCUGAAAACCAUGACUGUUGUUUGUAGGCCAAUAAAACAUCAAUCCAU